UAGCAUAUAUCUUUCUAAUUGAUAUUCGAUUAUGUUACGUUCAAAAGUUUGAAAUCUUCGUGUGGGAUGGAUCCUGAAAUAGAAAUGGUCAUAAUAAACAGAUUUGGAAAAUCAAUUAAGCUAAGGAAUCCUUGAUUGAUUUGGUUUCCCCUUAGUCAAAAAGAUUAGAAUCACUGAGGAACAGUAAUGGAAACUCAAUCAUACAAAAAUAACUUGUCAAUUUAUGUCAUUAUCAUGUAGGAGAUUAGCAUGAUUCGAGUUGCGAUUCAUUCAUGCAGCAUUUUCACCGAUGGUCAUAUGUAUAAAUAGGAAUGUUCAGACAAGGUCACACUCACACAUUACAUACGAUCAAACUCGGUUUCUUACGGUACCAUGUCGCGGUUUGGAGAAAACAAUGGCAAGGGCAUUAAGCCCAUGGUACGAACAAUUCGAAUUCCGGCGUUCGACAACUCGGAUUUAAUCAGAAGGUUAAAGAGGACGACGCUUAUCGGAAGGAUAAUGAAUCCUGACGUUCAGAGUGUUGGAUCAGUAGUUUUGAUGAUGCCUAGAGUCUGGAAACUAGAGGGCCGAGUGGUUGGGAAGGACUUGGGAUUGGUAACGUUCAGGUUUGAUUUCGAGAGAGAGGAAGAUAUUCUGGAGGUGAUGAAAACGGAGCCUUUCAAUUUUAAUCAUUGGAUGGUUUCUAUUGUAAGGUGGGAACCAGUUAUACACAAGGACUACCCAUCGGCGAUCACAUUUUGGGUCAGAAUCGUGGGUGUUCCUCGAGAUUUCUGGACUGAUCAGGAUUUCCGGAGAAUCGGGAAUGAGCUGGGCACGGUUCAAGAAGUGGAUGAAGAAAACGCGAGGGUCAAAGUGACUAUCGAUAGUACUAUGCCGUUGUGCUUCGAAAUGUCGGUUCAAUUCGAAACAGGUGGUGAGGAGGUGGUGGUGAAGAUGGAAUAUGAGAAGCUUUUUGGUUACUGUGCUUCUUGUUUUAGUCUUCGCCAUGAUGAAAAAUCUUGCCCAUAAAGCGACUUGCACAAUCAUGUUUCGACACAGGAAGAGUGAUGCGAGUCAGUAGGACUAAGAUGGUUCACAUUUGGGAUUCAAAGCCAAGAGAUGCAUGCAGUUAUUUUCCGAUCU